ACCUGAGACAAGGUCCUAGCCGGCUGGCCCAGUGACUAGGGCAGUUAGGGAAGGACAAGGUAGGUGGAGGGAGAGAGUUCAUUCAGCCUCUUCUUGUGCCAUGUGCCUUCUCUGGUGGAUCCUAAGAUACCCGGCACAAUGUGGACUCAUUAGUGGACAAGACUAACAAAGUCAGAGAUAUGGAAUGGAAGUUCAAGAAAAUAUGGGGGUGGGGGUGUCCAGCCGAACCUUCAGCCUUGGAGGGACAUAGGCCUGGUGUGAGGGUUCCCGUGUCUCUGCUCAGGAGCCUUACGCAGCUCCUGGGUGGAGACCUAGUUGGACCCCACACUUUCUAGGAGACCACAGAGAAUAAGUAUUCUGGUGCUGGGGCUUGCCCUUGUCAGAAAUGUUCACAGGCACAGCGCAGAGUGGUAAGGCUGCUUUCCCAAGAGGCAGGUGGUUCUCAAGAGCAAGGACCCUGGAACUACACUGCCUGCAGAGUACUGGACGGUGACUCUGCCCCCUACAACGAUGAGGGUCAGUGGGAGUGUAAUCUGGUCAGAAGUUGAGAGAAACUACCUCCCCCGCAGAUCUCCAUCCAGUCCCUGCCACUGCCUCCUCCCCGGAGACAGCCAGGUGUGGCCCAGGAUCCCGGGGAAGGAGGGGGAAGGGUGGCGUCUCUGCUCCUGGAGCGCUGGCCCGGCCCAGAGGGGACAGGAAGCCAGGACACCGGGGAUUGUCUCUUGCAAGCACAGCCCAGCCCCAGCCUGGGAGGAAGUUCUGCCGAGCGCUCUCCGCCGGUUAUAUUGUUGAACAGGAAACAGGGCACCGCGGGAGCAGGGCCGUGGAGCAGGCAGCGCCGGACGCGGACCCCACGCGCGUCUGCCGGGACAAGUGGAAGCUAGGCCAGCAGGCGAAAGUUCUGAGGGAUCCUCCCCGCUCUCGCAUCCCUCCCCUUCUCUUCGCUCUCCCCGGAUAAAGGAAGGAUCUGAGGCACGGGUCCCCUUGCCACACAACCCGAGACACUGCGCUCCUCUGUUCUGCGUGGUUCCUUCAGUCUCAGUCCCUGGAAGUCCCGCCCUCAGAGAUGGUAGAGACCUCAUCAGCAACCCUCCGCCAGCCCCGCCCAUCCAGCCCAUGGGCAGCCUGAGACCCUCCCAGCUAACGGAUCGCUGCGAGACACAUAUCUCACAAUCAACGGCACAGAAUGGAGACUUAAGAAUGGGAGCCUAAGAGAUGAUUUUAUCCAAGUCCCCACUUCAGAGAUGGAAAAACUGAAGCCCGAAUGCACGGGGCAAGAGCAGGAGAGGGACUCGAACCCUUGUCUUUGAGCCCCAGGCGCGGUGCUCUUCCAGGCUGCGCGGUCCUGACUUCGGCGGCUCCUCUUCUCGUUGCCCGCAGGAAAACGCGGUGGCCGCGAUGGCGGCGGACGUCGAAGGGGAUGUGUACGUGCUGGUGGAGCACCCCUUCGAGUACACCGGCAAAGACGGGCGCCGAAUCGCCAUCCAGCCCAAUGAGCGUUACCGACUGCUGCGCCGCAGCACCGAGCACUGGUGGCACGUGCGGCGCGAGCCGGGGGGUCGCCCCUUCUACCUCCCCGCGCAGUACGUGCGCGAGCUGCCCGCACUCGGCGACCCGGCCCCUGCCCCGCAGCCUUCCGUGCCGCAGCCGCGCCCCGCAGUCCCGGAACCUCUAGCCUACGACUACCGCUUCGUGAGCAGCCCGGUGGGUGCCGAUGGCUCCUCCACCGAGCCCCGGGGCCGCGCCAGCUCCCUGUGUGGCCCUGCGCGACAGCGCGCCGGAGGCCAGCGCAGCAGCCUGGCGCCGGGAGGGCCCGCCUGCCUGUACGUGCGGCCCGCAGCGCCGGUGCGACCGGCCCAGUCCCUGGACGACUUGGCGCGCCGCGGCACCGCGCCCCCUGCCGGCCUCCUGGGCAGCGCGGGCCACUUCAAGGCCUCCAGCGUGGCGGGCUCCUGGGUUUGCCCGCGGCCCCUAGCGCGCAGCGACUCGGAGAACGUCUACGAGGCCAUCCCGGACGUGCGCUGCCCUCCGCGGGAGGAGAGACCCAAGCAGGUGGAUGACCCCCCGGAGCCAGUGUACGCAAACGUAGAAAGGCAAGCUCGGGCCACUUCGCCGCGCUCUGCCGCCGCUCCUCCUCGGCUCAGCCCAGUGUGGGAGACCCACACGGACACGGACACUGGGCGCCCCUACUACUACAACCCCGACACGGGCGUGACCACCUGGGAGUCACCCUUUGAGGCCUCUGAAGGCGCCACCAGCCCGGCCACCUCCCGGGCCUCCGUGGGCAGCGGGGAGAGCCUGGAGACGACAGAGUGGGGCCAGUACUGGGAUGAGGAGAGUCGCAGGGUGUUCUUCUACAAUCCCUUGACGGGUGAGACGGCCUGGGAGGACGACGAGACUGAGGACCUGGACGAGGAGCUCCAGGAGCAGCUGGAGAUGCAACCCAGCCUGAGCCCGCGAAGCCCCGGCCAACAGAGGCCCCCGACUCCUGAAACAGACUACCCGGAAUUGCUGGCCAGUUACCCGGAGGAGGACUAUUCUCCUGUGGGCUCCUUCAGUGAUCCUGGCCCCACAUCUCCCGUGGCUGCGCCCCCUGGCUGGGACUGUCACAUUACUCCAAACAAGCAGACGCUCUACACCAACCAGUUCACUCAAGAGCAGUGGGUGAAGUUGGAGGACCAGCAUGGGAAGCCAUAUUUCUACAACCCAGAGGACUCCUCUGUCCGGUGGGAGCUGCCCCAGGUCCCGAUCCCUGCCCCUCGAAGCGUUCGCAAAUCCAGCCAGGACAGUGACACGCCAGCCCAGGCUAGCCCUCCAGAGGAGAAGACCAAGACACUGGACAAGGCAGGAGUACUUCAUCGUACCAAGACGGUGGACAAGGGGAGGAGACUUCGGAAGAAACACUGGAGUGCCUCCUGGACGGUGCUGGAGGGCGGCGUCCUGACCUUCUUCAAGGACUCAAAGACCUCAGCUGCAGGCGGCCUGAGGCAGCCUUCCAAGCUCUCCACCCCUGAGUACACAGUCGAACUGAAGGGGGCCUCUCUCUCUUGGGCCCCCAAAGACAAAUCCAGCAAGAAGAAUGUGUUAGAGCUGCGAAGCCGAGAUGGCUCCGAGUAUCUGAUCCAGCAUGACUCAGAAGCCAUCAUCAGCACCUGGCACAAGGCCAUUGCCGAAGGCAUCGAGGAGCUGUCGGCAGGCCUGCUGCUCCAGGGGGAGGAAGGCGAGCCCAGCAGUGCUGAUUUCGGGUCCAGUGAGCGCCUCGGAAGCUGGCGGGAGGAGGACGCGCAUGCAGCCUCACCCUCGCUGAGCCCCGGAGGCCAGGAGAGCGACUUGAGCAGGGUCCGGCACAAGCUCCGCAAAUUCCUACAGAGACGACCCACACUGCAGUCUUUGCGGGACCGGGGCUACAUCAAAGACCAGGUGUUUGGAUGUGCGCUGGCUCAUCUGUGUGAGCGCGAGAGGAGCCCCGUGCCGCGCUUCGUGCAGCAAUGCAUCCGCACCGUCGAGGCCCGGGGGCUGGACAUCGACGGGCUCUACCGCAUCAGUGGGAACCUGGCCACCAUCCAGAAGCUGCGCUAUAAGGUGGAUCACGAUGAGCGCCUGGACCUGGACGAUGGGCGCUGGGAGGACGUCCACGUGAUUACGGGCGCCCUGAAGCUCUUCUUCCGAGAGCUGCCAGAACCCCUCUUCCCAUUCUCGCACUUCCACCAGUUCAUAGCGGCCAUCAAGUUGCAGGACCCGGCCCAGCGCAGCCGCUGUGUGCGUGACCUGGUGCGCACGCUGCCCACCCCCAACCACGACACGCUCCGACUGCUCAUCCAGCACCUGUGCCGGGUGAUCCAGCACGGCGAGCAGAACCGUAUGUCUGUACAGAAUGUGGCCAUAGUGUUCGGGCCCACACUGCUGCGGCCUGAGAUAGAGGAGGCCAGCAUGCCCAUGACCAUGGUGUUCCAGAACCAGGUGGUGGAGCUCAUCCUACAGCAGUGCGCGGACAUCUUCCCGCCGCCGCACUGACUGCGGACCCUGGGUGGCUGAGGCCAUGAGGCUGGACCUCCUCUGGGGCUCUCCGCCUCCCACCCCGCUGCACUGUGACUUCUGCACCCCUCGAUUCAGAGGAUACGGUGACUCCCCCCUUCAUGACCCCAGUUCAUGAAAUGUGAUUUCUCCCUGUUGUAUCCCCAUUAGGGGUUCCUUAGGGCCCUUUCUUGAUUACAGCGCCGCCUAUUGUGUGAAUGCGAGAAUGUGCCUGGGGGGAUGAGUGCUUUCUAGGGCCGCGGCUGGGAGGAGGGAUUGGAUGAAGGCAUUCUGGCUUCCUCAGGCCUGCACCUGGCCAGGCCUCCGUGGAGACCGUGUAGGACCCGUGCUAUGCGGGACGUCCUGCUCUGAUCCUGAAGCAGCUACUGACACUGUCCCAGCUGCCAGGGCUGGACUGUCCCUGGCUGCCAGCCCAGGCCACGGGCUGCUUUCUUCAGCCUGAUGGUCCUGUGCCACCCUGUUGCAGGCCACCGGAGGGCUUUUCCUAGGCUUUCCUCUCUCCCUGGGCCACACCUGUUCUCUACAAGGCUUGUCCAUGCCCACCACAUGCUUACCCUGCAUCGACUACACAGGAUUCCAGGGAACCGGGGCUUGCAGAAGUCAAGUGACUUCAGGUUCCAAGGGUGAUCUGAAUCCCUGCAAAGACUCUCCUCCGGGCAGCAAACCCAGCUUCUAGAGGAGGAGAUGAGUCCCCUCCCCCACGGCAGCACAGCCUCUGGACAGAACAGAGUAAAUAUGCUGGAGUGCCCUGCAUGGGCUAGAGGUGGGGGUCCCUUCAGGAAGCAGGGAACUUGUCACAGCUGUUCUGGUGGAAGAAAAACAGCAUAAAGAGAAGACCCCAGCCCGUGCCUGAACCCUGGCUGGGUGCCCACCUGGUACCCACUUGCCGUACAGAGCUGGGAGAGGCCCGUUGGAGAGGUCACUCACAGCCUCGGGCAAAGAGAGUUGGACAUGUGUCAGCUGUCCGCUUCCUUCUUCAUGCACACACCACCUCAGUUCAUCUGAGCGCUCCACCCACCCUCACUGACUCAACAAACAAUAAUAGCUGAUAUUUAUUGAGCAUUCAUACUAUGCCAGCCUUUUUCUCAGACUGCCCCUUGGUUUCUUGCAGUCAGUAUUUAUUGUGGGCCCUCAUGUGCCAGGCACUGUGCUCUGGGGCAGGGGUCUACGCAUGCUAUCUGGAGCGUAGGGCCCAGGGACUAAGGCUGACGCAAGCCCAGCCCUGAUGGUCGCAACGCCAAGAAGAGAACAAAUGGAGGCCUCUUGCCGUACACCUACAUAUUUAAAGUCUUAAGGCAACCUAACAACUGUUAAAUAAAAUAUGUUUAUUCUCCUA